CAUCAACUCAUCCUCAACAUCUCAUUAUUCCUUUGUGUCUUGAGCCUCGUCCUUUUCUCUAUUCUUUCCACUUCAGUUCGAGCUGCUGAGUUGGAAACUUGGACCUCUUUGUUCCAAGGCGGUUGAGAUCACCGCGACAUUUAGAGUUCCGUCUUUAUCAUCCCCACCCAUCGACUUUGUCCGUGUGACAGUUCCACCUGUGGACUAUCGCUUUCCGACUCCCCAAAACGCCGUACGCCCUCCGUCUGUCCUCAACGUCCAUCCUCGACCCUGUCACCAUCAUCAUCUAUCACAGUCAACUCUCACCGUCGAUUUUGACACGACCUUGUUAUCCUGCACCCAUAGGAGCUGGCACUCCGUCUCUAAUUCUCAUCCUAAUGCACUCUGCUUCUUUACAAUAGGCAAGCAAUUGUGAUAAGGUGGACAACUGACUCACUCCUUGAUUCGGCUCAGUUUCCAGCCAUCCUACCGCCCUUCAACUCUCGCGACGAGCUUCUAAUUACUUUGAUCGCCGCUAUUUCCUACUCGUCGCCCGAUAGUCCUCACAUUUGUUUGGCAAGAUCCAGUUGGGAGCCAUGGCUUUCCAACAAUCCGCUGCCCCGCGUCCCAUUGUCAUCAGCCAACCACGAUCACAAAAUGCAUCCUCAACUUCUCAAGUUCACUCUACCAUCGAAGACUCUCAAGAAUGGGUGCUUUUCACACCAUCCACCGCAGAGUCAACCAUUACUCGCACUGGUACAGAUCAUACCAUUGGCCUUUCGGUCAGAGCCAGCGAGGCGUCACUGAAUACGGCUGCAAGGUCAGGUCGGCUUGGUUCUUCGGUGUUGGAAGACGAGGCCACAGAAGAUGGCGAUCUCGAUAGCCUGGACGAUGGCUUGCAUGCGUUCAGAGACCCCCCUUUAUACCCCUCCACUUCACAUCAGACUCAAGGUCCCCUUCUACCUGCCCAUGAUGGUUUGGGGACGUUUCCUGCGUCAAGCCCACCAGUACUGGAACAACUCUGGCAGCACGAACAAUUCAACCCAAAAAGAAAACACGAUGGCUUCCAUCGUCGACCUUCAAGCAUCCAGCGACGACUCGACACCAUUGAUGAGAUGGAGGCUCAAGCCAACGAGGAGAAGAGAAUGCGAAUAGAAAAAUGGCGACUGGAACAGAGUCAGGCUUUGAUGGAAGAGGUAGAAAGAGAAACACGGCGUCGUUUUCGCCGAGGCUCUCGGGUCUCUUCGAAUCAGGAGUCCUUCAUGUCAUUGAAUGACGAUCUGCUUGCUUCGACGCCGAAGCAGAGCAGUUAUCUACCAAUGUCUGAAGGAGAAACUGCUGAAGACGAGCCAUUCUGGCGCCGCAUCACUAGGAGGUUCAUCAGGGACGUUGUCGGCAUUGACGAGCCUUUGCUCUCGGUUAUUUUCGGGGAGAGCCUGCCAGAAGACGUGGAAAGUCGACCCCCGUCAUCUGGUGGCACAUUACCAACCAUCCUCGAACAAGGACCAGAGGGACAGACGAGCGACGACUCAUGGAGGGAUCGGUUACUGCAGCGGAUAGCCCGGGAGCUCGGUGUAUACGUUCAUCAGCUUACCCCCCAUCCUGGCGCAUUUACUUCAUAUUCCAGCAGCCCUGACUAUGCAGGCAUGCCUGUCUCAUUGGCUCCCCAAACCUCGACAACACCUGAGAUGGCAGAAGCGGCUCGCGUCUCCACAAGAGAAACAGCCGCUUCAGCUCUCACGCCCAAUUUCCCCCCAACCGUCCGUGACGUUGCGCAUGCCGAGAACUGGGGAUUCGAAGAAGAACCAUCACCAACAACCUCUCCUCUUGAAUCAGCCAUGAAUCUACAGAAGGAGCGUGCGUAUUGGGAGCGGGAACUGGACCUUAAGAUGGUUUUCCGCUAUCUGAAAGACCGGUUCGUCCCUAGGUCAUCAACUGCAGCACCGCCUCAGCAAGCAGCACAGCAGGUGGUGGAAGAUGCUGCGACACGGGCUGCCAUUAUCCGCCAGCAUCAUCCACUAGUUGCCCGAGCUCAUCGGUCCCCCGUGAGGACGAGGAAAGAUUCUCGGGCCAGUCUGCGGCGACCUCAAAGUAGUUGCGCGAGCGAAAGUGUACUCAGCAGCAGGAAGGCAUCUCUCGCCAGGAGCAGCUCGAGCCGGAACUACUGGGACAUUGGAGGUAGCGUCAAUUCGGGGACUUCCAUUCUCGCCAGUGGAGGGGCAUGGGGAGAGGUAUAAAUGAUCUAUUUCGGGCACGACCUGCAUCGCACAUGGGUAACGCGACACACCUCUCACACUUCACAUUUUGGGCAUUUAUCGCUGUUGCAGCACUUUACGACUGUAUGAACAGGCAUCAUUUAACGACUCGGACACGGUUUUAUUGUCUAUCAGUGGUGUUUAUGUCGUCGAGUCAUGAUCAAGACGGGUGCAUUUGAAGGGGCAUAGAACUUGAACAGUAUUCUCCGUCAUCUAGGUAACAAUCUACUAGUUAGAUCGCCUCAAUUGAGUCGAAGCACCAUGGUACGGACUUCUGUCAUGAGAAGUCUCAGUCCACUGACUUCAUCC